UUCCAGAGCCUUUUUGUCCCCCAACAGAAAUAUGAAUAGCAAUUACUCCAUGGGCAACAGUCCCAUUUUAAAAUACCCUGUCUCAUUGUCCCCCAGAGCCUACUUUAAUGUGCCAGACCAUGUUUUUUGCUUGGAAUGGGAGAUGCAUUACUGAGCCCAUAGGUGGUGAGGUAAAUGCCCAAUCUCUCUCUGAAAUAGUGUCAUUAGACAGCCUUGACAUCUCCCCUAGCCUUCCCUCCCUGUCACACUGGAAUACCCAUACCUCUAGAUAAUAAUGCACACACCCAGACACCACCUAGAUCCUAACACUCACAUGUGUGCACAGUGAUACACAACACAUGCACACAGAUAAGUACCAUCUACUCUGAUACACACAAAGGGUGCCAAGGCAAUGACAUGCAUACCUCUCAGACUGGACUGAUUCAACCACAAGCACCAAUAACACACCUUCCCACAAGCACAUAGCUUUUGAACUCUUUUCUUGGAUCCCAUUCAAGGAGAUGGAAAGCAACAAGAGUCACGAGUUGCCUUUGCACUUUCAUUUCCCAACACCUCUCUUAUCUCUGCUUCAUAUGUUACCCCUGGCCCAUUCUUCCUUCCUGUGCUUGAAGAAUCUCCACUUGCUGGAAAAUUCCCUGGUUUAUUCCUCUCCACCUUCGGGAAAAUGCCCUCUUUCUGGUCCUCACCUUGUUCCUUUCCUGAGAUCAUUCUGAACAGUCAAAUUCAGCCUCAAAACAGGAAGUCCCAGGCCAAGGCCCAUGUCAGUCUGAGGCUUAGGCAGGCUGUAGGCGUGGAGUAAAGCUUCCUGAGCACGGUCCCCCUGGUCCUGCCCUGAACUUGAGGACUUUCAUUAGCCCUUGGCACUUAUCUUGGAACCACAGCUGCUGACAGCGUCCCGGCCCUUGAUAGUGCUGGCAGUACCAUGGGGAACUGUUUCUACCGGGUGGAUUCCUCCUUCUCACUUGACAAGAACGAAAGUCAAAUUUCUUUUGAUUAUCCUUGGAAUUAUUCCUAUGAUGAGAACAACUCCCUUGAAGACUACAGCAUGCUGGAUUCAGCUGCCCCCUGCCACUCUUGUAACCUGCUGGAUGACUCCUCGCUGCCCUUCUUCAUCCUGGCCAGUGUCCUGGGUGUACUGGCGAGUGGCGCAGUCCUUUUUGCACUUCUCAGACCUCUCUUUCACUGGCAACUCUGUCCUGGCUGGCCCAUCUUGGCACAGUUGGCAGUGGGCAGUGCUCUCUUCAGCAUUGUAGUGCCUAUCCUGGCACCAGGGAUAAAUAGUGCCCACAGCACCUCUCUGUGCCGCCUGGGCUACUGGGUCUGGUACAGCUCAGCCUUUGCCCAGGCUCUACUGAUAGGGUGUCAUGCCUGCCUGGGCCCCAAACUGGGUGCAGGGCAGACCCUAGGCCUCACCAUAGGACUCACUGUGGGGCUUUGGGGAGUGGCUGCCUUAUUAGGGCUACCAAUCACCUUUGCCAGUGACACUUUUUAUGGCUUCUGCACUCUGGCAUCCAGGAGGGGCCUGGGGCCUUUGCAGUCCACACAUGCUGCAGCUUGCUUUGCCACCUUCACCUUGUUGCCACUGGGUUUAUUGGUAACCAAGGGCCUGAAGAAGGCAUUGGGCAGGGGGCCAGACCCCCGGCUUAAUAUCCUGUGGGUCUGGUUUAUUUUCUGGUGGCCUCAUGGGGUGGUUCUGGGAUUUGACUCCCUGGUGAGGUCCAGAGUGUUGCUGUUACCAUCAUGUCUGGCCCAGCAAAUUUUGGACCUGAUGUUGCAUGUGGCAGAAGCCUUGGCCAUGUUGCACUGUGUGGCUGCACCCCUGCUACUGGCAGUGUUCUACCACCAGUCCACCCAUACUUCCCUGCCCUCCCUGCCUCUCCCUGCAAGAGGAUCUUCUCAUCUGGAUACCUUUGGAGGCAAAUCCUAGCUCUCUUCCCACCUGUCAACCUGAAUUAAAGUGUACACACUGCUUUUAUGAAGCGUGUGGUUUCUUAUUUUGUCUGGGGAUGAAGAGGAGAGGCAAGAGAAUGGAGAGAGAAAGACAUUUCAUGCCAGACUUUACUGCCAGCUUCUGUUUCUCUAGCUGGCCUA